AUGUCAUUAUUAAUACCAAACAGUAAUGAUAAACAUGAUGCUCAUGGAGAUUUAGAUCAAGAUGAAUUGUAUUCAAAAAGCGUUAAGUCAAAUUAUUGUUUUCAACCAGUUCACGGAUUUUUUAAACAAACUGAUUUAGAAACUGAUGAUAUGAAAUUUAGAUAUACUGAAGAUAACUUUGGUAUUAAAAAAUCAUAUAAAGAAAUCAAAGAGCAAUUAAAACUUUUAAACCAAAACUCAUCAGAUAAUGUACAUUAUAAACUUCUAUUUUUGGCAAGACAUGGACAAAGUUAUGCAAACAUAGUAGCAAGAAAAUAUACAAAAGAAGAAUGGUUUGCAAAAUGGAGAUUUAUUGGAUAUGAUGGUGAAUAUACUUAUGGUCCUGAUGCCGAUUUAACAGAAAUAGGGAUGGAACAAGCUAAAGAAAAUAAUAUUGCAUGGAAGAAGCAAUUAGAAUUAGGUUGUCCAUAUCCUGACUCAUUUUAUGUAUCACCAUUACAAAGAUCAAUAAAAACUUUUAAUAUAACAUGGAGUGAAGAUCCUACAAAAGUAAUUGAAAACAAAGGAGAAACAUUUAAAAUAAAAUAUGAUUUAAACCCACUAGUGAUCGAAAAUUUAAGAGAAACAAAUGGACUUCACCUAUGUCAUAAAAGAUCCAAAAAAUCAGAACUAAUUUCCAAAUUUCCACAUUUGAAAUUUUCAGGUGACUUUUCAGAAGAAGACUUGCUGUUUGAAGCAUAUAUUGGAGAGAGAGAAAAAUUAUAUCAACAAUUUAUUAGAAUACAUAAGGUACUAGAAAAUAUUUUUGAUAAUGAUCCAAAUGAUGUAAUAUCCAUAACUUCACAUGCUGGUACUAUAAGAGCUUUCCUAACGGUUAUAAACCAUAGAAAAUUUACAAUACCAACUGGUGGAAUGAUACCAGUAAUGGUUAAAGCGGAAAAGAUUAAUUGA